AAAUUCAAGGCAAUGACCAAUCACAACAAAAACACGUGUUGUUUACCUUGACAAUGUUCAAUUGAUUUUCAUUUGAUCUGAAGAAUUUUUUUUUUGUCUUGACAAUGAAUUUUUCAAAAAAAAAAUAUUUGUUCAAGUUGAGAAAAUUCAGUGAAAAAAAACUAUUUCGAUUGUUUUCAUAAAUCUGGACAUGAGACAUUAUUCGGGUAGAAAUAGCGUGAAAAGAAUAACGGAUCAUAAUAAUUUUUUUUUCUAAAUAUAAAUAUUCGAUUCGAUCGAUUGAUUUGAACAUCUAAGAACGAAUAUUCUUCGAGAUAUGAUGAAUAAUAUUCCAGCAGAAAUAUCUGUAAAUCCGGUGCCUUAUAUAUCAUUGCUUGGAUUAGAUGCCGCAAAUAAUCCAAUACAUUCUAUAAUAUGGAAUAGUUUUGCAAUAAAUCGGUCAACCGAUCGACCAGUUUUAUAUUAUAAAUUAUUACCCAUUGAUUAUCGAUUUCCAUCAUCUAAAAAUCGACGAUCAUAUGAUCGUUAUAUACCGGCCGGUAUAAUCAAAACUAAAUGGCUAAAUAAACAUCUGUUUGAAAUACCAUCAGUGGUCGUGGUGUUUGUUUCAUUGCAAAAUUGGCAACAAUUAGAUCGUCAUCGAUUAAUUGAUGAAAUUAAUUCAUUGAAAAUGGCACUAAUAAAUCGUCAGAUAAAAAUCGUCGUAAUUCUAUUACAAAGUGAACCAAUAUCAUCCAUUACAUAUAAUCAUCAAGAUAAUCAUCAAGAUGUUAAUCAAAUUAACAAAGAUCAAGCUACACGUUUAUGUGAAGAAUGUGAUAUUAAUCCAAAAUCAUUAUUCAUCAUACCAGUACAGGAUGAACAAUCCAUUCCAGGUUAUGUACAUCGUAUUGAAUCAACAUUGAAUGAAUUGGUUAAAGCACAUUUUUCAUCGAAAGUAAAACAAAUUAAAUCCUAUCGUGAUCAACUAAAUAAAAUUACACAAAAUUAUCUAUUCGUACGUCAUGAAUUUAAACUUGGUUUCUAUCAUGAAAUUCGUCAAAUUUAUAAUCAAGCAUUGGUUCAUUAUAAAAAUGCUUAUGCAUCAUUGAUGGAACUACGACAAUCAUCAAUUAAUCUGAUUGAAAUUAAAAAUGUUGCUACCGUUUUAAAUUAUAAAAUCAUACGUUUAUCAUUCUAUUUAAACAUUCCGUUGGAUGCAAUUUCAUAUUUUCGUAAACAUAUCGAUAUAUUUCACAAUCGUUUUGCCGAUGAUGAACGUAUUGAAUUUGAACAUUAUGCAUGGCUUGCCAAUCAAUUUUAUUUGUUUGCCGAAUUAUUCGAUAUGUCAAUAUCGAUGUUACAUCUUUCACCGUCGUCAUCACAGAAUCCUGGUGUUUAUUAUUUUGAAUCCGCUAUGUAUACGAUAAAACGUCGUGAAUCAAGUCAACGAUCAUCAUCAUCAUCAUUAUCGUCGUUGAAUCAUGAAGAAAUUGCCCAUGUUGAACGUGCACUACAGAAUGGAUCAGAAUUCAUUGGACAGCUUAGUUGGUAUCGACCUGGUGAAUUGAAUGAUGAUAGCUAUGUGAAAAUAUUUCAUCAUAUUGAACGUACAACCGAUCUGGCACCAUUUCUUAUAAAACUUUUGGUUAAUGUAUUGAAUCAGAUCAAAAAAUUCAAGAAACCACGUUUUAUGCGUUUUGUUAUGUACCUGAUUGGUCGUGAAUAUUUCUUGCAAGGUAAUUACAAUGAUGCCUUAAAUUAUUUUGGCAAUAUCCUCGGUUAUUAUCGUGAAGAACGAUGGAAACCAAUUCAUCGACGUCUUGCUCAACUUGCGUUGCAAUCUGCAUAUCUUUGUAUGGAUUAUAUUAGUGUUAUAAAAUGUUCAUUCGAAUAUAUAUCAAAUGAUACGAUUGAUCCACAGAGAAAAAUUUCACUACUAAAAUCAUUGCUCCAAUUUUUACAAUUAGAAUUUCAAUCAUUCAUCACUGAUGAUACAGAUGUGGAAAUGAAAAUAAAUUCGAAAACUUUAUCAGAAGCUGAAAUGGAAUGGCCAAGAAAAUUGAUGGAAAUCGAACAAAAUGGUCUACCUUCGAAUAUUGGUGGUGAAAUACUAAUCAAUGCUGAUCAUGAAUUGAAUUUUAUGAAAUGCAAAGUUACAUUUGAUCGUCGACAAUAUACAAUUGAAGAUGAUAUUCGUAUUAAGGUGGCAAUUUUCAAUCAACUCAUCGAACAACUUGAUCCAAUAGACAUACAAAUUAGAUUUGAAAUACCUGAAUUUGAUAAACAAUGUCAAUUAUUAUCACCGCAAGAUGAACAACAACAAUCUAUACUUUAUUCAAAUUCAUUAAAUUUAUUUGAAUUUCGUCUACGAUUACGACCAUCCAAUGAUCGUCAAUAUUGUCGAAUUAAAAUCAGUGAAAUAGCAGUGAUAUUGAAAUCGAAAAUUUCCGUUCGUUUUCAAUGGCUUUAUACAUCCACAAUGUUGACGAUGGCAACAACAACAACAACAACACCAACAAUUACUUUACCAAUUUCAUCGAUAUCCGAUGAUUCAAUCAAAUUUAAUAAAAUUGAUAAUAGAAUCGAUGCUGAUUUGUUGGACUUGGAAUCACGGUUACAAUUGAUUGGCAUCGAAAUGAAACAACGUUUAUUUCGUAAUGAAAAUGCAUCCAUACGGAUUCGAUUACGAUCAAAAGAACGUCAUGUUAUUGGUAAUUUAAAAUUAUUGCCGAAAAUUAUGAUCCAGCAGCAGCAGCAACAACAACAACAACAAGUGGCUAUAGCUGCAACCGAGAUAAACAUUGAUAAUACUGCUACCGUUAUGAAUAUUAUCCAGGAUACCAAUUGUCAAUGGUCAAUUCGUCUUGUUAAUCAAACUGAUGCUUUUGAAACCAUUCCAUCCGAUUCAGCGGGCAUUUUAAUCACUGAUCAACUUGAACCUAGCCACGAUGAUGAUGGUGAUGAUGAUUUCAUCAUUGAUCUUAUACUCUGCUCACGUGAUCUUGGAUUGAAAAUAUUAUCAUUCGAAUUUAGUUAUGAUUUAAUGAUGAAAACAGAUGAUGAUGAUGAUGUUCAAUCGAUUCCGAUAACAAAAAAUUUUCAAACAUCAAUCAAUGUUGUCGAACCAUUUCAAUUUUUAGCCAAAGUGGCUAAUUUUGCUAAUCCAGAUACAUCAAACAUACGAUUAGAUGAACCAUUUAGAUUGAAUUGUCAUUUACGAUUACCAACGAAUGGUGAUGAAGAAGAUGAUUACAGCAGCAGCAGCAACAACAAUAAUCAAAAAGAUGAUGAUUCAUCAAUAAUUGAAAUUGAUUCGAUUAGUUCGAAUUUUGAUGAAAAUAUCAAAAUUAUUUCACAAAAAAUGACCAAAUUACCAGCAUUGUUAUCGAAAGAUUCAACUACGCCUAUUGAUUCAUAUCUAAUGAAUUGUAUUAAAUCUGAACAAACACAACCAUUAGGAUCAUGGUCAAUACGAUGGCAUCGAAAAUCGGAAACCACCACCGCUAUUCAUGCUCCAAUACUAUCGGAAACCACGUUUCCAUUACCAGCAAUUACAAUGAUACCGGCAAUUAUUUAUGUGGAGCUAUUCGUUCCGGAUAAAUUAUAUGCACGUAAUCCAUUUAUGGCUAAAUAUAAAAUUACCAGUCGUUUAGAUGUGGAUGUUAGUCUUGAAAUACAGAUUGGACAAGCCGAAUAUUUUAUGAUUGCUGGAAAUCGACAAGUAAAAAUUAUUCUUCCAUCACGUUCGAUUAUUGAACAAGUGUUUAUAUUUUUUCCUCUUACCUGUGGUCAACUUGUUUUGCCUAAACUUGAUAUAAUGGUACAUCCAAUGGCUACAAUGAAUUCAUUAUCAUUAACAUCCAGUAGUAGCCAAAUUGGAUCAAAACAAACCAUAACACAUCCAAUUAAAAUUGAUUAUAUUGGUCAAAUGAUUUUACCGACAGUAUUUGUUCUGCCAAAACUUCGUACCAAUAUUAAUUUGUAAUAAUUACCAACAUGAU